UGGCGGCGUCCCUUCCCGCCGGCGCGGCAGCGGCGAGGCUCGGAGGGGGAGAGGGGGCUGCGGGCGGUCGGGGAUGGACGAGGAGAGCCUGCAGGAGCUGUACUCGUGGGUGGACACCCUGCAGCUGUCCAGGGCCAAGCGCAACCUCGCCCGGGACUUCAGCGACGGAGUCUUAAUUGCUGAAGUGGUGAAAUUUCAUUUUCCUAAGAUGGUUGAAAUGCACAACUAUACUCCAGCCAGCUCAACACAGCAGAAGUUAAGCAACUGGGCUCAUCUGAACAGGAAGGUGUUCAACAGGCUCAACUUCUACGUACCCGAUGACGUGGUCCGCAAGGUGGUCCAGUGCUCACCUGGAGUUGUGGAGUUUGUGCUGAGCACCUUGAGGCUAAAGAUAGGAGAGAAGCUAAAGCAGAAACACAACAAGAUGGCUGCAUCACCACAGGACCUCGAGUAUUACAGCACAACAGUGGAACAGGAUUUGGGUCAGUAUCCAGCAUCACCGUGGUCAAAGGGAAACCAGCACUGCACUCAAUUACAAGCUGACCACUUCACAAGUCCAACAAAGGCACAGCCUGGAUGUUCACAGCUAAACCCAGAGGUAAGGAUCUUGAUGGAGGAGAAAGAACAGGCUCUGCUGGCUCUUCGGGAAACCAUCCAGAUCCUUCAGGUGAAAAUCCGCCGUCUUGAGCAUCUUCUGUACCUGAAAGAUGUCCGAAUUGAUGACCUCACUCGCCGCCUGCAGCAAGCUGAACAGAAAUAAAAGGCCUUCGUCUUCCCUUUCACUGCAAGCAUGACAUGAUCACCCCGUCAAAGUUUUCUUUUACAGAUAUGUUUGAAAAAAUAAUAAUGAAAGUUAAAAAAAGUCUCCAAUACUUAGCAGCCUGUCAAAAAAUAUGUGGCAGACACUCCAAAAUAAAACACAAAAUGCUGGAGAUACUCAACAGUUCAGGCAGCAUCCAUGGAGAGAGAAGAAUAGGGUUAGAAUUACAGACUGAUGGCUUUUCAUUAGAACUGGCCAUAACAGGUAGGAAGAUGAAGUGGUGUUUCUCAGUCUUGCAUUGGGUUUGGUCUCAUUGGAACAGUGUAGGAGGCCAGUAGAGAGAGAAGCAGAGGAGACACGAGAGACUACAGAUGCUGGAAUCUGGAGCAACAGACAAUCCGCAGUAGGAACCCAGUCCCGAUGUAGGGUUUCGACCCGAAACGUCCAGAAUGCUUUUCUCCCACAGAUGCUGCUCGACCCGCUGAGUUCCUCCAGCAGAUUGUUUACGAGGAGAGCAAAGCAGAGUUAACAUUUCAGCCUUCUGUAGGUUUUCUUACCUUUUCUGUGAAAAGGGCUGCGCUUGAUGUGCCAGUCAAGGCUGCAGUACAGCCGAGGGGCCUGAUAUGAAGUGCACCUGGCCCCUCUCUCAAGGCAUUACAGAGCACCCCUGGGCUCUAUGCUGGGGCAAGGCUGAGCAAGACGUCAGCUACACCCAUGUCUGAUCUCCAAUCCUUUCUGUAUCAGAGUGAACAAGGACAUAGAAUGCAACAGACCUAAUGCAGAUAUAUAGAACAGCACAGCACAGAACAGGCCCUUUGGCCCACAAUGUUGUGCUGACACUGCUAUUCCCUCCUACCCACAGGAUGCCAAUAUCCUUCUAUUUUUCUCUCAUUCAUGUGCCCAUCCAAGCCUCUCUUAAAAGCCCCCGAUGAAUUUGCCUCCAUCCUAUCAGGCAACGCAUUACAGGCAUCCACCACUCUCUCAGUAAAAAACGUACCCCUCACGUCUGUUCUGAACCUACCCCCCUCACCUUAAAUGCAUGACCUCUGGUAUUAGAUCGCUCAAUAAUGGGAAAAAGAUAUCGCUUGUCCACCCUAUCUAUGCCCCUCAUAAUUUUAUACACUUCCAACAGAUCACCCCUCAGCCUCUGCUGCUCCAGAGAAAAGAGCCCAAGUUUGGCCAGCCUCUCCUGAUAGCACAUGCCCUCUAAUCUAGGCAGCAUCCUAGUAAACCUCCUCUGCACCCUCUCUAAAGCCUUGACAUCCUUCUUAUAGUGAGGUGACCAGAACUGCACGCAAUACUCUAAAUGCAGCCUAACCAGAGUUCUAUAGAGAUGCAUCAUAACUUCUACAGCAGAUAAAUGGGAUUUGUUUAGAUAGGUACAAUGAACAACAUCAACAUAGUGGGCUGGAGGGCCUGUUUCUGUGCUGUAGAAUUCUAUGGUAGUUGCAGAUGCCCAGGUACAUUACAACUCAAAGUUCUCAAAGGAAGUACUGGCUAGCCAUCAGCUCAGUCCAACAUAUUAACCCUGUUUCUCUCUCUUCAGAUGCAGACUGGCCUUCUGAAUAAUCUAGCAAUCUCUGCCUUCUUUCACAUCGAAUCGAUUUUGUUUUUGGAUUAUGACAGAUACUCAGUGGGAAUUAUAAACUUCUCCUCAAUAGCAGCUGCUGAUUUAACAGCUGGUUACAUCACAAGCAAGUCCGAACCUAUCAUAAGGCUUAAGCAUCCUGUGUUUUGGAUAACUUGAUGAUGACAAGGAUUUUAUAAAGUCAUAGGAACAUGGUAUGUUAAUUGACCUUCUUAUUCAAGUACCUGUCCAGAUCCUUCUUAAAUGUUGUUUAGAGCAGCAAGGCUGGUUCGAUAGGAGAGACCUCAGCAAUGUUCACAGCUCCAGACCUAACUGCAGUUCCAACCAGGCUGUUCCAGUACAUUGCAACACUGUCAUCGCCCAGCAAUAUGGAAAAUGGCCCAGGAAUGUCCUUUUCAUUAAAAGCAGGACGAAUCCAAUCUGACUAACAACUGCCCAAUCAAUCUGCUUUCAGUUGUAAAUAAAGAUAUAAAAUAUCAUGAACAGUGCCAUAAAGCAGCUCUUAUUCACCAGAUCCCCCACCAUCAAUAUCCUGAGGAAGUCACCAUUGACUUGAAACUCUACUAGACCAGCCACAAAAGUAGUGUUGUUAUAAAGGCUGGGUAACUCACCUCCUCAUGCUCCAACGCCUUGCUACUAUUGACAAGGCACAAGUCAGGAGUGUGAUGUAGCCUAGAAAUUCCUUCUAAAAUGAACAAUGCUGUGGAGUUGAGGCGAGUAGAGUAAAACUGAACCAAAUUCUGGAUGUUAGUCCCUAGUGGAAAACUUCCCCCAACUAUCCAUCAAGUGUUUUGUGAACACUCGAUGUAGGCUUCUGGUGUAAAACUCCUCCAGAUGAUAUCAAUAAUAGCCCAAUGCCAAAUACUUGUUUCCAGUGUGCUUUUCACUUGUCUGAAAAAUUAUAAUUCUAGUUUAACUGAGAGAAAACAGCUUCUACUGUUGUUUUCAGGCUGCUCCACAGCACUCUUCAGCCUCAUUGCUUUUCUCAACACAUGUACUAAAGACUGAGCCUUCCUUGCAUCUUUGUUGACUUGUUGGACUCCAUAUUGACCUCCAGUGAGUGUAAAUCUGACACUUCUCUUUCUGGAUAGCCUGGAGCUUGACCAUUGGCAUCAUUUAUUGGAAAUGCAGAGAAGGACUCAUUCCCUGAGAUCUCAUCCACCCAGUGUUUACAGGGAUCCAUGCUCAUUGCUGGACUUCCUUGUAGAGAAACGUCUACGUAGGCUAGAGUUUACCAUGACAAUUCUGAUUGAGUUCUCUAAUGUCCUGUGACCUCAAGUAUAGACUUACUUAUAUGUCCACUCUAUUUUGCCAGUUAAAAUCAAUAACGUGGUCACUCUCAGUUUCCUAGCUUCAGGAUCAUUCCAUUCUGCAGCCACUUAUCUCCAUCUCAUCUCUGCUACCCAGAGCUGAAUUAGGAAGGUCACCUAAACUCCACACUAAAGCAGAGGAGACACCAUUGACUUUUCCUUUAGCCAAUGAAAAUAUGCAGAGUGGGCUUGGGGGUUUGCUUUGUAUUAAAGGCUUCCCUAAAGUGCAGGCAUUACACUCAAGUAGUGUUAUUCCUUCGGGAGAAAGGGAGACCUAUUGGCAAUCUCCCACCAGGAGCACCGAGGUCCUGGAGGGUCUCACUGGCAGCCUUACCCAAAGAAUAUGCUUAAUAUGUUCUCCACCUGCCUAUGAGGGCCAACCUGUCACCCCUGCCCCACCAAAGCCCCUCUUUGGGAGCUCUCUGCUUCUCCUUUCCUAUCAUUGGAGGAUUCAUUAUUGAAGCAGCAACACUCUCCAGUAACUAGAAGAGUGUUUCUUGCAUUGAAUAUACAUGUCUCUGUAAAGACUGGUUCCCAAGAUUGCAACAAUCCAGUACUUGCAAUUGAUAACUACACAACUGUGUCCAUUCCAGCACACCUUCAUAUUUACCAAUUGCAAAACUUGAAGAUGCUGCAUUCUUGGGAGCCAAUCUUCAGAGAGACAUGUGCUCAAUACGAGAAGCACUCUUCUGGUUACUGGAGAGUGAUGCUGCUUUAAGAAUGGUAGGACAUAAGGAGACCUGAAAAUGCUGUUCUGGAUACCAUGUAUUGGAAGAUCAUAAUCUCCAUGGGACUUUUACAGUGUUAACAUGACACAUAAUGCUAUUUUAGUGCUGGGUAAAAAUAGAGUAAUUUCUAGGUUGUGAUGUUCAGUUGAAUAGGAACUGGCCCAUUGGUUUAAUGACUUUGGUUUGAACUGUAAUUAUUAGGAAUCAUUUUAUCAGUAUCCAAUAAUUUACAUUUGCAAAGAUAGG